AUGGGCAAGGGCUCCAUCAAGUACGCCUGCGUGCUGGACAAGCUGAAGGCAGAGAGAGAGCGUGGCAUCACCAUCAAUAUCUCCCUGUGGAAGUUUGAGACCAGCAAAUACUACAUCACCAUCAUUGACACUCCAGGCCACAGGGACUGCAUCAAGAACAUGAUCACAGGCACUUCCCAGGCUGACUGCGCUGUGCUCAUCGUGGCCAGUGGCGUGGGCAAGUUCGAGGCUGCCAUCUCCAAAAACGCGCAGACCCGCGAGCACGCGCUCCUAGCCUACACGCUGGGUGUGAAGCAGCUCAUCGUGGCGGCCGACAAGAUGGAUUCCACUGAGCCUGCCUACAGUGCCGGGCACUUCCAGGAGAUCACUAAGGAAGUGAGCGCCUACAUUAAGAAGAUUUGCUACAACCCGGCCGCCGUGGCCUUCGUGCCUAUCUGCGGCUGGCACGGGGACAACAUGCUGGAGCCCAGCACAAACAUGCCCUGGUUCAAGGGCUGGAAGGUCGAGAGGAAGGAGGGGAAUGCCACCGGAGUGACACUGCUAGAAGCUCUGGAUUCCAUCCUCCCACCCACUCGCCCAGUCAACAAGCCCCUCAGGUUGCCUCUGCAAGAUGUGUACAAGAUUGGAGGUAUUGGUACUGUGCCUGUGGGUCGUGUGGAGACCAGCUUCCUGAAACCCGGGAUGGUGGUCACCUUUGCCCCCACCAACGUCACCACAGAGGUCAAGUCUGUGGAGAUGCACCAUGAGGCCCUGGCUGAGGCCCUGCCUGGUGACAACGUGGGCUUCAAUGUGAAGAACGUGUCUGUGAAAGACAUAAGGCGCGGAAACGUGGCUGGAGACAGCAAGAAUGACCCCUCCAUGGAGGUUGGCAGCUUUGUGGCACAAGUGAUUGCCCUGAACCACCCUGGUCAGAUCCAUGCUGGCUAUUCCCCAGUGCUGAACUGCCAUACAGCCCACGUCGCCUGCAAGUUUGUUGAACUGAGAGAAAAGAUUGACCGGCGCUCAAGCAAGAAGCUGGAGGACAACCCCAAGGCCCUGAAGUCAGGCGAUGCAGCCAUUGUGCAGAUGGUCCCCAACAAGGCCAUGUGUGUGGAGACCUUCUCCGAGUACCCUCCUCUAGGCCGCUUUGCAGUCCAUGACAUGAGACAAACAGUGGCAGUUGGAGUCAUCAAGGCAGUGGAUAAGAAAUCCUCCACUGCUGGCGAGGUCACCAAGUCAGCUGUGAAGGCCAGCAGGAAAUGA